AUGAGUAUGCUAUUGUAUUAUUUCGCGAGUGCUGUCAAGUCAAUACAGUUCCACGUUGACGAUGACAUCAUUGACAAGCUCAAUUAUUACUACACCACAGCCAUCAUCACAGUAUUCGCGAUCCUCGUCUCUGCCAAACAGUAUGUCGGUUUUCCAAUCCAAUGUUGGGUUCCUGCGACGUUCACCGAGCCCAUGGAGCAGUACACGGAAAACUAUUGUUGGGUCCAGAACACCUACUUCCUUCCCUUACACGACUACAUUCCACAUAACUAUGCUGAACGUGAAAAUAGACAAAUCGGGUAUUAUCAAUGGGUUCCGUUUGUAUUAGCUCUGGAAGCUCUUCUUUUCUAUGUGCCGACUAUUGUAUGGAGGCUGCUCAGCUGGCAAUCAGAAAAGAGAAAAUUGUUGUUUUCAAGGGAGAUCGAGACUGAAAAAAUACGAAGCUUCAAGGAGAACGGAGCAAAAAAGGAGAACGCGUCAAGAACGGCGCGAAGAACAACAAAAAUAUCGCGGAAGGAAUGCGCGGGACCCCCGGUUUUCCAGCUCCUUCGUUUUUUCUUCUUCUCCGAUAUUUUGUGCCGUAUUCAUGUACAAUCACUGGUACAGAUGGCGUGCGACUCUAGACUGUUGGAUUUGGAAUCAAGGAAUAGAGCGUUACAAACGAUUGCCACUAAUGUGGAAGAGGCUCUUCACGUGAAACAUCAAGUGAUGUCCGGAAACCGCCUGAAACUGCUCAACUUGAUCAUUUGCACACGGUCAUCUGGAGCUGCUGUCACUUUCCUCUAUAUUUCGGUCAAAAUUCUGUACACUGUGAAUAUUGUUGGUCAAAUCUUCCUUCUCAACACUUUCCUUGGAAACCGUAGCAAAUGGUAUGGACUUCAAGUUCUCAACGACCUAAUGAAUGGAAGAGAAUGGGAGGAGUCUGGCCAUUUUCCACGUGUCACACUUUGUGAUUUUGAAGUCAAGGUGCUAGGAAAUGUACACCGCCACACUGUCCAAUGUGUGCUGAUGAUCAACAUGUUCAACGAGAAAAUCUUCUUGUUCCUGUGGUUCUGGUACUUUCUUUUGGCUGGUGCUACCCUCUGCUCACUCUUCUACUGGAUCUACAUUUCCGUUGUUCCAAGCAGGCAGCUCAACUUUGUUGGAAAAUAUCUGACUGGAAUCGAGGGAUACAAAAUGGUCGAUUCGCAGUCUCUGAGACGAUUUGUGUUCCAUUUCUUAAGACAAGAUGGUGUCUUCCUUCUUCGAAUGGUUGCCACACAUGCCGGUGAACUUCCGUGUUAUGAAUUAGCGAAAACGUUAUGGAAUAACUAUUGUGACAACAAGGAAGGAAAAAUGCACGACGUGUGA